AGCGACGGCUCCUUUCAGUUUCGGACAAGAUGGGCGAAUCUCGCCGGGCAGUAGCUUAGACUCUACCUACAAGACAACACAGUUUAAAUGUUUCCUAACGAAAAGUAACAAUUAAACAUUGUAAUUUAUUUUAUUUAGAGGGGAAAUAAGCUAUAUAUUUUUCUAUCGUGCCGUUAUUAAUAGUGCUAUUCCCGAAAUUCGUAAAGAAUAAGGAGAGGGAGAAUUGAAGAACAGAAAAGAGAGGAAACGGAAUCCGCGAGUGGCGAAAGAACGCACGGACGUGACGGACAAGGAAAAGUACGUAAAGGAUAAAAAAAGUGCUAUCGUUCGGCGUAAGAGACGGAAAGCAAAGUGGUGCUAGCAAAUAACGGAGGACGAGUAAGAAGGUAAUACAGUAUAUGGAAUCGAGGUGAUAUUGCGACGCCUAACAACGAAGACGGUCACAAAGGCGCCGCCGCGGACCACAACGGAAAGAUUGACGAGGAAGGUUGGUGUAUACGAGACGACGAAAAAAAUAGUCGUCGGGACAAUUAAAAAGCGGAGAAGAACGAUAGUAUCACGAAGACACACUAGCCGUCGCUAAGGCUGAAAUCAACGGCCAAGUAGGCGGAUAAUCUCGCGUACUUUUGCUCUCUCUCCUCUCUCCCCCUUGCAACUCGUUCGAUAUCUUUCUUCUUUCUCUUUCUCUCACACUACCUAUCUUUCUUGCGUUUUCUCUCUCUCUCUCUCUCUCUCUGUGUGUCUCUUUCUCUUUCUCGUACACGCGCGUACAAUUACACAUACUCACUUCGUGUCCGCUCAACGCGGCUGGCCUAGGCUCUCGCCGGUAUUGUGCGUGUGUUAAACAACGACGUGAAGUAAAGUGUAAAAGAAGUUUAAUAGUAGUUUAGUAGUAGUAGUGUGAAGAGUGUACGAUCGACACACCCUCUUGACGCUCGUCAUCCGUUUGCAUCGCCAUCGGCUCGGCUUUCUCUACCCUUUUUUUCCUUUGUAUUUCUCCCUCAUCUAUCAUUCUUUCGGUCUUUACAUAUCUCAUUCUUCGCAUCUCGCGCAUCUUGCGCGCGUAUGCUUUCUCGAAUACAUAAGUCGCGUAUCGAAUACGUAUACCUAUAUACACACACAUUCUUACAGCAUCGUACGAUAGUAGCAGACAGAGCGCGCUGACGCUCGCGCGCGCGGCUCCUCGUCCCCUUUGCACCGUCCAAUCUCUCUCGUUCUCUCUCUUUCUUCCUUGGUCUCACCCCUCCGUCCCUCUGUUCGUACCGCCAUCGCCCUUUCCACCGUCCUCUCCCACUCCUCACCACGGUGCAAAGUGAUUUAUCGUUCUCGCUCGUCGCGUUCGGUUUCGUCGGUGCGUUAAAGGCUCUAUUGUGAUCCCCGUAACCAUACGCGCCGUACCACUGACGUCUCAUCUUCCUUCUUUACCCUAUACCAUCCCCGAUUUCGUCUCUCCAGACGAUAGCCAUCCAUCCAGCCGGUGGCGAGCCACCGCGCGUCUUGUCUCGUCGCGUCUCGUCCAUUACCGUCCUUCACCUCCUCCAUCUUCUCCUCCAUCUCUGGCAGUGCUGCCUCCCCCUCUCACUAGCUCGACUGUAUCCCCCUCUUCUUAUUAUCGGCCGUGCGAUCAGGGGGAGUACGACACGAGAUAUACGACAUUCCGCCGAGCCGUGCGACGGUGCUCUCGGCCGCGUCGUGGCGCGCGUGGUAUCGAAGGGUGUGCAGGUGAGCGGGCACGUGAAGCAGCCGCAUCUUUUCCGUGUACGUAGAACGCACCGAAGCCGAGGAAGGUGCGCCUAAGGAACUGUUUCCUGCUGUUGCUGUCAGGGAGGGGAAAGGGUGGAAGAGCAACGAGACUCGUUGGCGACCGAUUUGCCAAGACGAAGUGCACACACUCACAGCGAUAGCUAGUAGUGGUACACCAUCGCCACCUUCACCAUUAAAACUAUUAUUGCUAUUUACUACUACUACUACUAGUAUUAGUACUACACAUAGCUACAGUUACAACUACAACUGUUACCAGAGCAUCAUUGUUCCAAACUGCUAGAAACUACAUACCGCUAGCAUGUCCGUCAGAAUGGAAAACGUUGCCGCGCCGAGAAAACUCAACUACAAGAUGAUGGGGACGAACGGUCCACGGCCAACAUACGUCGGCGCUAACAACGGUAACGCCGGUGGAGGCGGUGGAGGCGCCAACGCCGGAGGCGUGGGCGUGGGUCCUACAAGCGGCGGCGGCGGUGGCGGAGUCGGUGGCGGAGGCGGCGGUACUACGGCUAGUAGUGGCGGCGGUGGAGGUGGCCACGGGGGCGGCGCUGGCGCCGGCGCCGGCGGCGGAUUGAAGGGCAACGCGACGGGAGGAGCGGCCGGGGGCGGCGGUGGAGGUGGUGGUGGCGGCGGUGGUGGCGGUGGCGGUGGCGGUGGACCACGAGGAGGGAAUCCGGUGCAGUACCGAGCGAGCGGCGCCGCCGCAGCAGCUUGGGGCGCGGCGCCGUCGCACGCCGCCGCGGCUGCGGUGGCAGCAGCGGCCGCCUAUCCACCUUACACCCGCUAUCCGAGUGCCGCCGCGGCGGCUGCCGCAGCGGCACAGGUACCGGUCGGUGCGCAACCGUUACCGCCCUCUGCCAACCCUUACGCCACCGCCCCCUACGCUCAGCACGUCUCGUAUGGUGGACAACGGGUACCUACAGCCUCGUCACCAGCCAAUACUACCAGUAGUUCUAGCAGUGCCACUGGCAGUCAAAGCGGGGCAAUGAGCACGAGUAUGAGCAAUAAUGCUAUGCAAGGGCAGCAGGCGGAACAGUUAUCAAAAACAAAUUUAUAUAUACGUGGCCUCAACCAAAAUACAACAGAUAAAGACCUUGUUAAUAUGUGUUCUCAGUAUGGAACUAUAACUUCCACGAAGGCAAUAUUGGAUAAAACAACAAAUAAAUGUAAAGGUUAUGGCUUUGUAGACUUUGAGUCACCGGUGGCGGCAGAGGGUGCUGUGAAAGCACUGGUCGCCAAGGGCAUCCAAGCGCAGAUGGCGAAAGUGGGUAUCUGGUUGCUCCGUAGACUGGCAAGUGUACGUUGGUUGUGCAUGCAACAACAGGAACAGGAUCCUACAAAUCUGUAUAUCGCAAACCUGCCAUUGAACUUUAAAGAAAAUGAUGUUGAAGGACUACUUCAACAAUAUGGACAAGUCAUCUCGACUCGUAUUUUACGUGACACGUCAGGACAAAGUAAAGGUGUUGGAUUUGCAAGAAUGGAAUCCAAAGAAAAGUGUGAGCAAAUAAUUCAAAUAUUUAAUGGAAAAGCAUUACAAGGAGCUAAAGAUCCCUUGUUAGUUAAAUUUGCUGAUGGCGGAAAUAAAAAAAAAUCAAUGUAUAAAAGUACAAUGUGGAGAGACACUGGAGAAAAUAUGACUAUGAAUUAUGAUGCAAGUGGAGUUGGUCAGAAUGGUGUUGCCACAGCUCAUAUGUUACCUACAGCAACUUUGACUCAAUAUGGUCGUCAUUAUGGUCAAGCUGUCCCUGGCUAUAGCGUACCAGGAGCUCCUUGGGUCACACCAUACCUCGUGCAGCCCGCGCCGCCUCAUAUGCAACAGAUGAUGCCAUCUGCAGAUCCUAGUAAUCCUCAAUACAGUAUAAUUCCUCAGCUUACAACACAAAUGUCUACAAUGCAUCUUGGCACUGGUUCCUACAUAGCAAGUCCUCAUCCCUACUCUUAUACUACUUAUCCUCCACCUAGCAUUAUCCAUCCAAUACCACUGGGCGAUUCUGAACAGACCAGUAAUGCAGCAUCUCCUGAUGAUUCUUAUCAGCAGUACCAAGCUCAGCAGCCCAAGUAGGAUACGGUUUAUAGAUACGAAUAUGCUGAGGGCUACAUAAGUUAGAAACGGAUACACAUGCUGAACACAAGGGAUUAUUAUUAACGAAGAAUAGAAUGAGAUAAAUACAUAACAUAAAGUCAGAUAAGAUUCUUCCUCAUGAUAAAUUGACUUGCCAGCCAUCUUUUAUACAUUUUAUCCAUCAGCUAAAUAGGUGAAAGUAGUUAAUAUUUUGCAACGAGUCAAGAAAGGAUAUUGACGUAAUAUGGGGUAUGAGACUGGCGUGUCUUCUACAUGUUCGACACUAGUUCGACUCUUUACACUGUACCAGCACAUUAUAUGACAGUGACAAACUGAUAUUUGCAAUGAACAGUUUAGUGUCAAGCUGAUAGGCUUCCAGGAUAACUUUAGGUAUUACAUAUACUAAGGAGACUAUGAGUCGAAGCUGAAGGCUCGAGAAUGUGAAUAAAUAUUUUAACAAAAAUGUAAACUAUGAAAACGCUGCUCAGAAAUAUACGAAAGAGAAUUCUUCCCAAGAGUAAUAAUAAUAUAAUAUUAAUAAUAAAAUAAUGAUAUAUAAGAAUAAUAAGAAUAAUAAUAUACAGAGAGCACUUCCAAUGCUAGAGUUGAUAAAAAUUCAGAUUCAGUAUGGUUGUAAAUCAGUACCAACCGGACUUGUGCCAGCUGGCUGGCCGGUGGCUUGGCUGUAAGAGAAGGGAGAUACCAUUCGCGUAACGAAUUUCAACGACGUGCGAAACUCCUCAUUCACAGCACAUGCUACUCCACCCGCUUACCGCACUUUUAUCGGUUUAUUUUCGUUCAGACAUUCCAAGCCAGGUACAUGUGUGUACUGCCACGUGGAUAUAUCUUAAUCUAAUACUUCUACGAUAUUUCACGUUCUGUUUUAAUCACGAACGAUACAUUUUACUAAGAAAAAAAGCAAACACACAAGAGAGGAAAGCUUUGUUUCUAAAAGUCUUCAGAAUUAUAAUAUACAAUAAUUAUUGCACGUGAACGAAAAAACAUAGUACUCUUUAGAGAGUGUUAUAUUUAUGAGUACAGUUACUAUGAAUCGAUAUCAGUUUUAAUUGUACAGUAAAUGCAGAUAUUUUUUUUAGAAUUGUGCCUUUUCAGACAAAUCCACUUAGACAGGGAUAUGCUGAAAAAUAUUAUAAUAUAUUUUUAACAUCGGAAUGUAAAUGUGAAACCUGAGCCAAAUUUUGAUCUUCUAGUUAAGAGAAUAUAAUUGUUUUUGCGUUGUAGCCAGUUAAUCAACUAUGUUUGUUUUUGAUUAUGAAUUUGAUAGAUUUUGUAUGUAUAGUUGCCACUAACGGGAUUGGUAAAAUGAAACAUCAGGUAGUGUCGGAGGAGUUGCAUAGAGAAAGAAGAAAAAAAAAAUUAAGAAAAGAAAUCAAAUGGCGGAUUCUUGUAAUCGAAACGCGUGCCGCCCGAGAAACUUAGUAAGCUUUGUUACGACGGGAUAUGAUGAUAGUUAGAGUGUAAAUUAAUUUAUUAUAUCGAACGAACGAAUAAACGCGAUACUAAAUGAAUGAAGAUAAUGAACGAACGAUGGGGCGGUAGCGAAAAAAUAGGCGAGGAAUUUCGGUGAAGUGUGGAGUGGAGUGUAUAAAACAAAGUAUAUGAAAAAGACUCUCAAACGACGAUGGUAUAGAAAAAGGGGGGGGAAGAAAAAAGAAAAUGGUUCUCUCCCUAUGUUUUCCUACCUCUCUCCGGUCGUCGUCGUAUAUCCGGAAAAGUUUCACGUCGUUGUCAGACUUAGAAUCGAGUCGAGGAACGAUUUAGCAGAAAGCUUUCUACCAAAUAUGCGAGCUACGAGUGGCUCAUGUGACAUGUGGCGGACAGGUAGUUAGAUAGAGUUAGAGGCGAUCGUAGCUAUUAUUAUAAUAUUACAAUAAUAUGCUGUAUUAUUAUAAUUAACGAUUACUAUUAUUGACGACAUCUAAAAUAUGAAAGAUUUUUACACUGUUGAGACUUGAAGUAAAUAAUAUAUUUAGUUUAUUUUGGUACAUCACGAUUUGAUGACAAGAGAUAAAAAAUGAAAAAAUGGUAUGAGCUAUUUUUUAAAAGACCGAUUAUUACUCGAUUUGAGUCCAUGCAUUAAGAGAGAAAGGGGGGAGAGAGAGAUAGAAAGUGAGAAUAAGAAUAAGAAAGUAAAGGAGAAAAAAAGAAAAAGAAGAAAAAGGGAUGAAGAAAUGAAAGAAAAGAAAAAAUAAAAAAAAUGGAUAAAAAGAAAAAAAAUUGGAGGAAGCAACGAAGGAGAAAAAGAAAGAAGAGAGGAUAAGAAAAGAAAGAAGCGAAAGGAGAACCUAUUUACGAGUGUGUAUUGUUCCAGAAGCGAUUGUCACCACGACUGACAACAAAAUCACAUGUGAUUAAAUAGUGAAUUUUGAGAAUUUUACUAAUAGACUUGUACUAAAUAACUAAUAAUUAUUGUGACGACCAAACAAAGAAAAAGGAUUAGUGCUGACUGAGCGUGAAAAGAUGCUCCGGCCGAGGCGCCCAUGCGGAUUAAAAAACGGAGAGCCGCGGAUCGGGAGGGAGAAAGAAAGAGAAAGAAAGUGAUGAGAAAAAAGAUAUAAAAUUAUUGUAUAGAACGUGAAGAAAGGAAAGGAGCACAGCGACAAGUUGUGUGUAGCUAGUGUUGACUAUGAAUAGGCUAGGCAACCAUUUUGAUUAAGAAUAAAAGUAACCGAAUAAGCGAUUAAAGUUAGGUAAAGUAAAAUUAGCGAUAGUUAGAAUAUAAACUGCCUCGCUCCCUACUCGAUCGCAGGGGGCUAUGGCACCGUUCAGCCUAUGCACCUCGCACCCGUCAAGACUGACUGGCUAUUCAUAUUAAUAAUAAAUAUAUAUUAUUAUUCUACAACAUAUUAUGUCUACUUGUAAUAUAAAUAGUAAGGACUGCUUGCUGCGCACCGCGGGUCGGGUGCUUGGGCUGGCCGGCUAUGGUUUACACAACCAUUUUGGAAACUCCGUUUCCAAGCAAUGCUGCUUUCCGUAAAGCUUUCUUUAGAAUUCUAGCGUAGAAUCUAUUAGAUCAGAUAACGUGUAGUUGUAGGUUAAUGUAGACAAAAAAUGAAAAAAAACGUAGAGUGUUUUUAAGUAAAUCAUGUUAGUCGAUAUCGGCUUAAGAGAAAAAGAGAGAAAGAAUGGAUGGAUGAAUGAAUAGAUGGAUGGAUGGGUGGAUGAAUGAAUAAAUGAGUGAAUGAAUGAAUUUGAGCUAAAGAGCAAAUGGGGGGAGAGAGAGAGCUACUUGCAAGAAUGAAUGAACAAAGCAGAUAAAAGAAGAAAACGAGUCCAUGUUGACUCGAUGUUAUAUCGAGAACAUGAUCGUACUUCGACUUGUACAGUCUUUAGUUUACGAAGUUUGAAGUCAUUGUUUUACAUUGUUAAGCAAAGGUUGUAGUUUGUAAUGAUCUUGAUUUCUAUCUAUUUUGAACAUCCUAUUUCCCCAUCCCCGCGAAUCAUCCCAUGCCAUUCCCUUUUCCCGUUUUCUUUCUUUUUUCUAUUUCUAUUUUAUUUUGUUGUUUCAUUUAAUGUACUCAAUUCCUUUAUGUUGAUAAUUAAUAAUGAAAGAUGGACAUGUAAUUCUCCAAACAACAUAACACUGUCUGCUUAUUAUUAUUCUUUUUUUUCUUUCCACUAUAUAUAUAUUGUUAUGCGGUGUGCGACCAAUGAGAACCCAAACACGAAAACGACGUUGGAGACUUACGCGUACAAGGAUCGAUUUAUACAGAUUCAGAUACUUUAAGAUGGCGAGGUAUAGCACGUAACGAAACUUAGAUUAAGGCAAGUGUGUCAUAGCUAAUUAAGAUAGGGACUCUUAGAAGUCGAUAGGUGCUGUAAUAAAACAAAGUUUAACAACGGUCAGAAUUAGAUUUUCCAUGAAACUUGAAUAAGGACAGGGCAUAAGCCACACUAAAAGUGCCCUUAGUUUAUUUUGGAUCGUUUAAAAACGCUAGUCUUUGUGUGAGAUAAUGUGGGGGUUAGAUAGGAUCUUCUAGAACAGAAAAAAAAACAAAACAAAAGAAAAAAGAGUGAGAAAAUGAAAAAAUGUAAGCGCACGCGCGAGAGAGAUUGAGGAAGAGAGAGAGAGAGAGAAAGAGAGAAUGUGUGAGAAAGAGCACGUGGUGUGUAGGUAUAUGCAUACAUUCACUAUGCAUACUUCAAAAUCAUCUGCCUAUUACACGACACCGACUGCAGACACUGUUACUGUAAAACUGCACACUGCGAGUGCACGCUCUCUGCCAUCCUAUACGUUGUAUAGGAACGUGCACCGAUCAGUCUUAGAGUUACUUACGACUAUGGUUUGGUAUAUUCAAAAUGAAAAAAAAAAUCAAAUUCCUAAUUAUUAUCGUCCCUUAUUUUUGAUCAAUAAACGAUCUGUUUUGGGGA